GUUGGUAUAAUCAUUACAAACUUCAAAUAAACAUACUUGCUCUAAAGUGUAACAACGCUUUAAAUAUUAGUAACAUUAUUAUAAUGGUUUUGAUUAACAAUUUAUUUAUGUUAAGGCAAUUAAUGCAAAAUAUUAGAUUAUUCCAUAGCUCAAAAAUUACAAAAGGAUAUGAAGGACCUGGUAAGACUACAAUGGAUAUUCUUAAUAUUCAAAAUAAACAACAAAUUUUAAUAAAUAAGUGUUUACCGAUAGGAUUUAAAUUGAAUGACAAUUCAUUAAUUUUGGGUCCUCUUGCAAUUUUUCCUGAAAUAAUUUUGGCCUGGAAUAUAGAUUCUACAAAGGAUAUUAAUGAAGCCACUUUAUCCUUAUUCACUAUUUUAUAUCCAACAAUAGAUCUUUUGAUUUUAGGCCUUGAAUCUAAUUAUGAAUAUAAAAGAAUUUUAGAAAUAAAAAAAAUACUUUUCAAAUACCAGAUCAAAACUGAAAUACUUCCAGUGGAACAUGCUUGUGGUAUUUAUAAUUUUUUAAAAUCUGAUGGAAGAUAUGUUGCAGCAGGUUUAAUACCUCCAUUACCUAAAACUAUUUCUCAUCAGAAACCACUUCAAAAAUCACCUAAACAAUUAACUGAAGAAAAAAAUUUAAUAGAUACUUAAAUAAUUGAAUACCAAAAUUCAUAAAUUUAUAUUGAUAAUAAUACUAUAAUGUUUAUAGAAUUAUUUAUAUAGAUUAACAAUAUUAUAUUAAUAUAAAUGUAAAAAAAAUUGUAUAAAACAAUAAAAAUAAAAAUUAAUUAUAUAAA